AUGAUACUCGCCUUGAGGGCCAGCAAGCUACUGGAAGUGGCAGCCACAGUCAUUACUUUGCUCUUCGUUUUUGUCUCUUUUCUCAUCAAUUAUGAACGGGAAACCCACAGCACGUCUUUGGUCCCACGGAAGACUUCCUUACGAGUGAUAUGUGUUGGUCUUACAUCGGGUUCUUACAUUGCUGAUGUGACUGCUUCUCUGCAGCGCCAUGGACCUGGUCCUACUCCAGAUUAUCUAUUCAUGACUGCCACUUUUGCCUUGGCAUGGGCUUCAACCUGCCUCCGCAAAGAGCUACGCAUUUCCGAAAUCUUUGGUCUCUCCACAAUCUCGGUCGCAUUUGGAAUUCCACUACUGGCCCUAGGUGCCAUGUAUCCAGUAAGUUCCACUGCAUACAAAGCAUUGCUGGCCAUUGGGUUUAUUCGACUGCUUCUGGUGGCUGCGAUGCUCAUCGAUUGCCUCGUGUGCUAUCUUUCACACGGAAGGGCACUGAAGCAAGAAGAAGCACAGGAGGUGCAGCCCCUCCUGGGCGAGUCGAAUGGCCAGGUCGCCCACACUCAGGUCUCAUACAGCAACGCCUCGCGCUCAUCCGAAUCUUGCCAUACUAGUGAGUCUUCCAGUGACGAAUGGGACUCGGAUCAUCCCGACGAUGAAGAGGAUGAGAUUAGCGACACUCGGGCCGGCCAGCUUCGUAAGAGCGGCAGCUGGAUGGUCUAUCUCCACAACUUUAAGAUAUUUCUGCCAUACCUCAUCCCCAGAAAGGACCUCAAAGUGCAAGCCUGUAUCCUUGCUUGCGUGCUUUGUCUGAUCACCGAUCGCUUCUUGAACGUCCUGGUUCCUCGCCAGCUUGGGAUUGUUGCCGACAAACUCUUUGUAAGAGAGAUGCCAUUUUCAGACCUGGGCAUUUACUUCAUCCUGAAUCUGCUGCAUGGCGAUUCGGGCUUGCAAAUGAUUCGGGCGCUAGCCAAAAUUCCUAUCGAACAAUUUUCGUAUCGUCAACUUACAAACGCCGCCUUUAACCAUGUCAUGGGCCUGGCAAUGGAGUUCCACUCUGAAAGAGACUCUGCUGAGGUGAUGAAAGCCAUUGAACAGGGUGAAACGCUAACUAAUAUCCUGGAGACCGCCAUCCUGGAGAUUGUGCCAACUGUUAUCGAUCUGUGUGUGGCGUUUGGAUUUCUCUAUAUAAAGUUCAAUUCGUCGGCUGCACUAUGCAUGCUCAUCGCAUCGCUAGCAUUCAUGGCUCUUGAAGUCGUCACCUCCAGCUGGAACGUGGAAAACCGCCGGCGACUGACCAAGGCCGAGAGGGCCGAGGCGCGGGUCAUGCACCAAGCCAUUCAGGGGUGGCAGACUGUCUCCGCCUUCAGCAUGUUUUCGUAUGAGAAAUAUCGCUUUGGAGGGGCUGUCGACAAGCACCUCAUGGCAAAGCUAAACUGGUCCCUUAGGGAUGUGUAUACCAGUGCUUUGACAGAGGCGCUCGUCCCAGUUACCUUCUUCUGUCUUACGUGCCUCAUUGCCAACGAGGUCUACCGGGGACGUGCAUCUCCCGGUGACUUUGUCUUUCUAAUUCAGUAUUGGGAUUACCUUAUUUGGCCGAUCCGGUUUCUAUCGCACGAAUACCGCGGGCUAGUGCAGCAGCUUAUCGAUGCAGAGCGGCUGCUCGAUUUGCUCACAACGGAGCCCGCAGUCGCAGACAAAGAAGACGCUCUAGAUCUGGGUCCAGUGAAAGGGCACGUCGAGUUCGAAAAGGUGGGCUUCGCGUACAGUGCUGACAGAAUUGCGAUCCAGAACAUCAACAUUUCUGCGCCACCUGGUGAGACUAUUGCCCUCGUUGGCACCACCGGGGCAGGCAAGUCGACCCUCAUAAAGCUGCUGCUCCGUUACUACGAUGUAACAUCGGGUAGAAUCAAGAUUGACGGUCAUGAUGUUCGCGACGUGACGCAGGGCUCGCUGCGAAAUGUCCUCGGCGUGGUUUCACAGGACCCUAUUCUCUUCAACGCAUCGAUCAUGGAGAACCUUCGCUAUGCGAAAGUCUCUGCCUCAGAUGAAGAGGUCUACGAGGCGUGUCGAUCUGCCGCCAUUCACGACAAGAUCCUCUCCUUCCCCAAGGGCUACAACACGAAAGUCGGCGAAAGAGGGGUUAAACUGUCUGGAGGGGAGGUGCAGCGUUUGGCAAUUGCGCGAGUUUUUUUGAAAGACCCGCCAAUCCUUGUGCUAGAUGAAGCAACGAGUUCCGUCGAUACGGAGACCGAGUCGCAAAUCCAGGGCGCGCUGAAGCGGUUGAGUAGGAAGAGGACCACAUUUGUCAUUGCCCACCGGCUCUCGACCGUUGUUAGCGCGGACCAGAUCUUAGUUUUGCACGAGGGAACAAUUGUUGAAAGGGGUAGCCACGAGGAUCUGUUGCGCAAGCGCCUCAGGUACUACAAUUUGUGGCAGAAGCAGCUUGCUGGUUCAGCAGAGGCAUUGGUCGAGCUAUAG